CAAAGUGGGUAAUGCACCAGUUUGCCAACAAUACAAAAAAAAAGAGACGCGUCAGAUUCUAGUGGUGUGAGUGUUUGUGUUUAAUUAUUGGAAAAAUCAACAAAUUGGGAUUGUUUUAACUAUUUGGCGUAAACUGUGACUUGCUGGGGCAAAAAUGUUUGCCCGAAAUUCGGUUUUUGGAAAUAAUUUUGAGAUUUUGAGAGAAAAUCUUAGAGACCCUGCUAGGCCAAACUUUGACAGCGAGAAGUGUCUUAAUGAUUUGCGACCUGUUGAAGAAAUCCCUCAGCCUUACCAAGAAGUUUUCGCAGAAUAUCUCUGCUUCAAUCCGAUUCAGUCAAAACUAAUCGACGAUGCUUUUUACACAGACCAAUCAAUAGUCGUGUCUGCACCGACUGGUUCAGGAAAAACGGCAAUUUUCGAACUAGCAAUAGUCCGACUUUUGAUAGCUUCCGAGUCAUCACAAAAAUUUAAAAUUGUCUACAUUUGUCCCAUGAAAGCCCUAUGUGAGGAGCGAUUAGUAGAUUGGAACAAAAAAUUCUCAAAUUUUGGCAUAAACCCAAUUUCAGUGACCGGCGAUAGCGAAAAUAUCGACUUCCAAAGUCUCCGAAACUACAACCUUAUAAUCACAACCCCGGAAAAGUGGGACUGUCUCACACGCAAAUGGCGCGAGAACCUCGACUUGGUUGAAAUCGUAAAACUCUUCAUGAUUGACGAAGUUCAUCUGCUCAAUGAAGAGUGUCGUGGAUCGACUCUCGAAACAAUUGUUUGCCGGAUGAAAACCAUCGAAGAAUCGGUUAAAACGCACGAUUUAAACCAUAAAAUCCGCUUCAUUGCUGUUUCUGCAACCAUCGCAAACAUCGAGGAUAUCGCCGAGUGGAACAAUGCCAAGUCUUUCAAAUUCUCCGACGAUUUUCGCCCAGUUAGGCUCAACAAAAUCGUCUUAGGGUACUCAGAACCCCCGAAAUCGACUCCCUUCAAGUUCGAUUUGGCCCUAAACUACAAAUUGCACUCCUUGAUGAUGCAAUAUUCGCACGGGAAGCCCACUCUUAUUUUUUGCAGUACCCGGAAGAUCGUGGAAAUGACGGCCAGACACAUAGUCCAACACUUGACAAUCGGUCUAAAACCGGAGCAAAAGCAGCGCAUUGUAGAAGUAGCAUCGACAAUUUCCGACGCUAAAGCCAAAGAAACCCUCAUUCAUGGUGUGGGGUACCACCAUGCUGGUAUGCUGCCGGAAACGAGACGUGCGAUCGAAAACUUAUUUCGCAACAAUGAACUUCCGGUUUUGGUCACGACUAGCACACUAGCAAUGGGUGUGAACCUCCCAGCCCAUUUGGUCAUAAUUAAGUCAACGAAGUGUUACACCAGUGGCGGGUUCAGGGAUUAUACCGAAACGGCCCUUUUGCAAAUGAUCGGAAGGGCCGGUCGGCCCCAGUAUGACACUGAAGCCACUGCCCUUAUCCUAACCACAUCAAGAGAGAAGGAGAAGUUUGAAAAAAUGAUCGGUGGUUUAGAACCCAUCGAAUCGAAUUUGCACCGACAUUUAAUCGAGCAUUUGAAUGCUGAGGUGGUUUUGCAGACCAUCACAGGCCUUGAAGUUGCACUACGUUGGCUUACUUCCACUUUUCUCUACAUUCGAGCGAAGAAAAAUCCGAGACAUUACGGCCUACCACCGAGCUCGGAUCCGGCUGCGGUAGACCGGAGGCUUCUAGAGAUGUGUCAAAUCGAGCUGAAUAAAUUAAUUAAAGCGGGAAUGUUAACAAUAGAUCAAGACGUUCUUCUCAAGGCGACUCCGGUUGGGGCGGCAAUGGCUAAAUAUUACCUCGCCUUCGAAACUAUGAAAUUGUUUACACAGAUAAAUGGAGGCGAAAUUUUGCAACAAAUCCUGCAUUUGAUCUCCAAGUGUUCUGAGUUCUCCGAAAUGUAUUUGCGAGUCAACGAUAAAAAAUGCCUGAAUUUGUUAAACAAGUGCCGCAAUAGACAAACAAUAAGAUUUCCACUGAACGGCAAAAUCAAGACUUUGGACAUGAAAAUUAAUUGUAUUAUUCAAGCAGUUUUGGGCUGUCUGGACAUUUGUGACCACUCGAUUCUCUCAGAAACGUUAAAAAUCAUGCGAAAUGGCGAAAGAAUCGUCAAAUGUUUGAUUGAAUACCUGGAAUCGAAGGAAAAAUGUUUCCAGGCAUUGCUCAGCACAAUUAUUUUAGCAAAAUGCUUUCAUGUAAAACUAUGGGAAAAUUCGCCAUUUGUUAGCAAACAAUUGCCUGGAAUUGGAAAUGUGAUGUCAUCUCAAUUGGUCAAUGCCGGCAAAACCUCCUUUCAACUAAUAUCAGAGUGCGAAGCGCGAGAAAUUGAAUUAUUAAUUAACAAAAAACCACCAGCUGGUAACAAAAUUCUGGAACAAAUCCAGCAUUUACCAAAAUACGAAAUGGAACUACAAGUGCACAGUAACACCCAAAUAAAAUUGGCGAUUUCGCUAAUGAAUGCGCAAGAUUUGGAAACUAAGUGCACCGUCAAUCGAAAUUCAUUGAUGUAUCUUUUGGUUGGUGAUUCUUCCAAUAAUAUUUUGCUUUACGAAAAGUACAGUCACUCCUACUUUAUUGAAAACCCGGACGUUGUCCGAUUUGUGGAUUUGCACGAAAAAAAUCUGGACGUAAUUGAAGCUCACUUCAUUAGUGAGGAUUGGGUGGGCAUCGAUUGUACCGCGAAAUACGAAACGGCCCAAGUCGUUCGUAAACCCGAACCUAAAACUCUGAAAAAGAAUACCGAAGAUCCGACUUACAUGCAAACUUUUAUCGACAUGUACAUGAAGUGCAAAAAAAAUAUAGAGCCACCGAAUCCGGCAAAAAAGGCCAAAAUUGAGACGAAUGAAGAUCGAAAUGCGAACAAGAUUAUAAUCCAUAGUGACAUAAGUUUAAACAAUAAUAACACAAGUGAGGAAAAAAUCGUAAACAAUUCAGUUUUUCGUCCUUCACCGGCACCUGAAGACAAAAUUGAAAAGAUUCCCGUUUUGGUUGCUUCAAGAUAUGAUCUUUCGCCGUCACGUGACAAAAAUGAAUUGAACGUCAACAAUGACUACCAAAUUAGUUUAAAACCUGAAUGUGAAGAUGCCAAAUCUAUCGUGAAAAAGUUUUACUACACCCCUAAAAAGUUGUCUCAUAAAAAAGAAUUUUCUUGGAACGAAAGUGAAGAUAAACCUAAAAGUACCACUAAAAUAACGUGGAGGUCGCCCUUGACAUACUCUCCCUCGGUUAAAUUCUCGCCGAAGAUCGGUUAUAACCGGCCGAAUGAGAAUGAAUGCUUGUCAACUAGUCGAGCUUCAUCGUCAUCUACAAACCAAAAUAUUGAAACGAUGUCAAACAAAACUCAAAAGUCGAAUUUUGCAAAUUCUCGAACUCCGGUUAAGUUAAAUUCGUCGCAACAGAAGGUCGUGUUUCCAUUGACUGAUAAAGACUGUGCCAACUUAUCAAUGGAAGAGAACAGUAGACGAAAUGAUAUUUUGGAGAAAGUUGGUGAUUUUGCGUCCAUUUCGCUCUUCGGUCUCGUAUCACCAACCAAACGGCAAGAAAAAUUUAGUCAAAUUCAGACCCCGAAUCAGUAUUACAAUCAACUAUUGUCACAAUCGGAAAAGACUGAAAGUACUCCCAAGAAAAACAAAAUUUUUGAAAAACCCAAGUUGGUGGAAAAUGUGGUUAAAGAAGUUUGCGACCGAAGCCGUUAUUUUGAAAAUGAUUCUAACUUUUGUCUGACACCUCGUCGUAAUAAUGGGGCACGUAAUUCAGAAAAUUUGGAAUAUACAACAACAAUGACCGAAAGUGGGGAAAAAAACAACACUGAAAAUAUGAACAUAUUUGAGGAUCCUUUUAACGAUUCCCUUGAGUCGGCUUUGAUGAAAUUCGAUUGUGGUCCACCUUCGGAGCUAGAAAGUGAUAAAUCAAACAGUUUUGAUAAAGAAGGUCUUUUUGAAAAUGAGGCGAAGGAAGUGAGACAUCCUUUUGAUUGUCGAGAACCGUCCCCGCCUGAAAUGCUAAGGAAAAAUACAAACCAGAUUUGUCGAAGUCGGUUCUUUCAACCAAUGGCUGAGCCCAGUCAUUAUCAAAACCGUUCCGAUGAUAGUUUUCUGACACAAAAGUCACACCCUUACCCGUACCAAAGCCGUGCACCUGCACAUAUGUUUCCAAUAAGUAAUGGUCGAGGUUUUGAGACACCGAAUGAUUUUUACAAGAUGAUGUGUGAAGAGCGUCCUAUUAAUCGUCAUUAUGUGGAUUUGGGUCAAAAUCCUUAUUUAAACAUUUCACAAGAUUUUCCCGACAGGAGGGAACACUACAACAGUCAGAGACACCUCUUUGAUGGUACUCCUCGAUGUUAUCCCAGGGGGCAUAUGGAUGAUUGUGAUGGUUAUGCCUAUAUUAGACGAAACAUGGAUAGGGAUUAUGACCCCUUUGACUAUAGGAAUAAUCCUCAGUACUAUAAACCAGUACCUAAUAUCGAUUUCUAUGAGAGGUCACAAAGGAGUUUUGCCCGAAAUCGGGAAAAUAUUCCCUUUCAGGAUUUUGAUCUUGAUCGAAGUAAUAGUUAUUAUGAUGAAAGUCAUUUACCUUUGUCUUAUCCCGAAUUGCCCAGUUCCCAGAUGUCAAGACGAGAGUAUUAUAUGCCGUCUAAUUCAUUUAACGAUGUGUAUAACAAUAAGCAGUUGAUAAUGCAAAGAUUCUUAAAUUGUGUAGGUUCAGACCAAGAAAAAAGAGUGAAUUAUUUCCCUUAAAAAACAGCUUUCGAGUUACUUUUGUUACGGUUGUCGAAUAAACGACAUUUUGAUAAAGGCGGCCAUUUAUUUACUAAAAUUACGUUCGGCACAUUAUUUUAUAAGAAUAUUAAACAGUUGGUUGCAAAAGUUGUGAAUUUGGGAUUUUUUAAAUUUUUGUCAAAGUUUUGGUAAAAACUGAAAAUACAGGUGUUUGCAAUCGGUCUAUAUCUGAAAUAUAGUGAAAUCUUCCGAAUAACGGACACUUCUUUACAACGGACUUUGUUGUAGGAACGUAACAAAACCUACAUUAAAAUUUCCACCACCCAUUACUGGACAUCUCUCCACAACGGAGAAUUAAAAAUUCCCCAAUUGGUGUCCGUUAUUGAGAGGUUUUACU